AUGACAGAGGACUUGAUGCAACUCGGCGUGGUUUCCAUCGACUUAGAGCAAGCCACUGCAGUCCAUAAGCAGCAGAUCCCGAAUGACCUAAUCGUCAGCGGUUGUCAGAUUCUCGCCUUCUUGCAGAAUAGGGCGAUGAUAGAUUGUGGCAUCGACAGGUUCUUUGAGUGUAUUGAAUGUAUUCACAUUCACUGCGGCGAGCUCAUCAUGAGGCAGUGGAUCUCUCAAUUGUGGUCUGCUCAUGGUGAGACUUUGUCCAGUCAGGAUCCUAAUCAGAUACGACAGUUAUGUCACCUACUGUGUGAGAAUACAGCGAAGCCGCUGGUAUUUGAUGGUAAUACCACGGCAAGGCAAUGGAUUUCCUCUGCCACUGGCAAUCAUAUACGCUGGGGUGUAGUUGCGAUGAUCGCCAACUACGUCGGGUCAUAUACAAUGGUGACAAAAUCAUCUGAUCCAUUCUUCAAAGAGUUUAAAGUGGAGCGCAAAUCAUUGCUGCACCAUAUGGCCAAGGUCUCAGAGGUAUGUGUUGAGUUUUGUCGAGAGUUCGGAGCUUUAGAUGAUAUAUUCAUCUCGGCCCUAUUCGAGCACUACAACAUUACCCAAUAUACCAAAGGAGGAAUGAGCUAUACAGCAUACUGUCUGGGUGCUGAACUAAAUAGUGCAUUUGUUGCAAUGGGUCUUCACCAGGAGAUCAAAGCUGAUACCCGACUUCCAAUUUUUCUCGCUGAGUUGCGCAAACGACUUCGAGCACUGGUUUACACAGCAGAAAUUAGCACAGCCACAUUCCUGGGCCGCCCACCACGACUUGCGCAUCGGUAUAUUAACUUAGAUCCACCGCUAGAUCUGACUGACACGCAGCUGUUUUCCGAAUAUCCACAGGAGCUGGAUAUCGCCAUUUUGAAACUGGAUGACCAGGGAUACAAUCAAGAUGGAGAGAUUCAUCACCUCACUUGGAUAAGAUCUUCUUUGAACUUCACCAAAAGGCGGGAGGAUAUCUUAGAGCUUUCAUUGGGAACCUAUAGUCCUGAUGAGGUCCGGCAAAAUGCAAGCUUUAUUCAACAAAGAACGGAGGAACACUGGGCAAAUCUCCCGCACUUUUUGUCCAGCUUAAGACAAAGUACCUCGGGGCUUGAAACAUGGGAACCCAUUGACCUUCACUUUCGAAAUAUCUUUCGCCAAGGUCCGCAGGCGAAUUCACUACUACUGCACCGCGUACUCAUGCGCAAGGCUGGCAGUGGUCCUGCGGAACUAAUACAUACGGCACAGAUAAUCCUGGGUGACGUCAUGCGACUCUAUAAGCGUGUCGAAAUAUCGGAAACAACAUCAUUUAUCUAUUUUCUCACAGUACAUGGACUCCGCAGCGCGGUUAUACUGGCAAUGGAGCUCUUGAAACAGGAACAGCUCCCAGUGUACCCUAAAGAGCCACUACUGCCUAGAAGCAGAACAAUACAGGAUUUAUCUAUCUUUUCAGCUAAGCUUAGCGACUUGGAUCCAAUCUUUGGAGAUAAAGAUCUUUGCGAGAAGGGGCAAAAAGUCAUAUCGCGGAUCCUUGAUAAAAUCCUGAGUCCUCCGAAGACCACGGGCCAACCUUGCCAUACCUGUUUGAUGCAAACACAGCAACUUGACACGAUCACAAUCACUGACAAUACGAGUCACAACAUCCAUGUGCCAGAGAGCUUGGUAGUGGGGAAUGACAUUGGUUAUGAUAUGAAUGUGCCGAUUUUGGGUGCAGAUCAUGAAUUCAGGCUGUGGCUGGAGAGCAUCGAUAGCCAGGAUUGGCCUUUCAAAUGA